UACCAAGUGGUUCUCCUCCUCCUAACUUGGCCACAAUCACAAUCCGCCGAUCAGUCUGCGAAGCCGCUUCAAGCCUUCAAGUUCCCUCUUGGCGGUAAAAGAAAAACAAAAAAAAUCUAGAUUAAACUUGAUCAUAAUUUCCUCUGCUUUUGCAUUUUUGAUAUUUGAAAAGAAAAGUUGUGACUAACUUACCUGUAGCUAUUUGCACGUGUCGUACUUAAAAAAAUCGAACGAACGACAGUGAAACACAAAGAAAGAUACAAAAAAAAGUGAUUUCCUUUGAGCAUUCCAAGCCAAAGAAGUGGAGACAUUAUCAACUAGAGUGCAGGCCCUCCCAGGCAAAUGCUGCUGGGCCAGUUUUAAACAAGAGUUUCUUUAUAGCAAGAGAAACAACACUCGGGGAGUGUAUUGGGCGGAAAACCAAUAAAAUAUAUAAACAAGAAAGAAAACAACAAAACAAAACAACACAACAGAAAACAACAAGAAAAUGAAUCAAACACAGGUGAAUAAUUUUCUGAAAUGCUUCCUGCAAAUUGAUGAGCCCGGUAGCCAUUGGGCACGGCACGAAGCCGAUGAUGAUGAUGAUCAUGAUCACGAUCACGAUCAUGAUCACGAUGAUGAGGGUGAUGAUGACUCCGGCUUAAUAUUGGCAAAAGUAACGGCUAUGGUAGUUCUAUUCUGCGCCAGCGCCAUAUGCGGCUCCAUACCGUUCCUGCUCAAUCGUUGCUACCGCUGGACAGAGAAUCAAACCAAUGCCCGAUCUGCCACAGUGGUCAAGUGCCUCCUAUAUUUCGGUGGUGGAGUCCUCUUGGCAACAACAUUUUUGCAUCUCUUACCAGAAGUGCAAGAGGUUGUCGAGCAAUUGCAAGAAUGUGGCAUUAUUGGCGAAUUGACAUUUCCCCUGGCCGAGCUGUUGAUGUGCUCGGGAUUCUUUCUCAUGUACUUCAUUGAGGAAGCAAUGCAUGCCUAUCUGCAUCGUCAUCAGCCGGACGAGGCUGGCAAGGCCUUUGAGAGGGGACACAGCAUACGGAAUAGUCAUCUGAUGAAAAAUACAGAGCCAACAGCACCACCACCAGCAUUGGGAGCGGGACCGGGGCCAGCAGCAAUGAAUGGAGGAGCCGAAUUGGGCUCCCUAUCGGUACAGAAUCUAAUACAAAAUGAUCUCGAACAGCAAAAAUAUGGAGCGAAAGGAGAGCAACAGCAGCCACAUCACCAUCAUCAUCAUCAUCAGCAUCAGCAUUCGCAUCAUGGACACAGUCAUAAUCAUAGCCAUUUGCCCGUAAUACCUGAAAACUCUUCGACCGAGGAUAUUCUAGCCUCUUCGCUGAGGGGUCUGUUCAUUGUCUCGGCUCUGUCGCUACACGAACUAUUCGAAGGGAUGGCCAUUGGACUGGAGAACUCGGCCUCCUCGGUGUGGUUCAUGUUUGGCGCCGUCUCGGCUCAUAAGCUGGUCCUGGCCUUUUGUGUGGGCGUCGAAUUGAUUGUGGCCCGAACGAAACUUACUCUCGCCAUCCUUUAUGUCCUCACCUUUGCCAUUGUCAGUCCACUGGGAAUCGGCAUUGGCAUAUUGAUCAACCAUGGCCAGAAUUCAACGGGUCCCAAUUUGGCAUCAGCCAUUCUGCAGGGCUUUGCCUGCGGCACUCUCAUUUAUGUGGUAUUCUUUGAGAUUCUAUCCAAGAACCGGUCCGGUCUACGGGCAUAUUUGGCUCUCUUUGUGGGAUUCCUGGUGAUGUUUGGCCUCCAGCAAUUGGGUGCCAGUGGCCAUGGUCAUAGUCACAGUCACAGCAGUUGCUCUAGUUCCACCGAUGAUGGCCAUGAUCAUGAUCAUGCCUCCGAAACUGAGAGUAGAUCUGGUUCGGGCACAAAUCAUGCCCAUUCACAUCAUAAUCAUGCCCAAGAUUUGGCCAACAUUCACAAUUAUGAAAAGCAGUUGCAGGUGCUAAGACAAGUUACCCAAAAACUACUGGAAGCCCAUCCCAAAAAGGAUAUGCAAUAAUAGUAAAUAAUAAAUAACUGAUUAACUGCUAAGCAGGCACAAAUUUCUGUAUAUAUUUGUAGAUAUCUAGUAUAUAUGUAUUGUAUUUGUAACAUUUAUUUAUCUAGUAAAAAAAUUAAGAACAAAAAUGAUCAAGAUUUUCCAGAAA